AGUCUGAGUAGAUGGAUGCUGAGGCUUAGCCCUGCUCGGUGCUCCUCCCCACGGCCCUGUUAUGCGAGUAUCCCGGCCGCAGGGCGGCAUUGCGCGGCUGUUUCCUGCCCUGAUGCAUGGUGGUCGGACGGAGGAAUUGUUGGAAAAUUGUGUCGGAGGUAAAGCCAUGCUGCUGGCUCAGAUAAACCGCGACUCCCAGGGAAUGACGGAGUUUGCCGGAGGCGGCGACGGCGGCCAUGUCACUCUGUGCCUGACCGAGGCCGUGGCUGGUGACGAUGGGGAGAGCAUGGACACCAUGGAGGGUGUGAGCUUACAAGCAGUGACCCUGGCGGACGGCUCCACAGCGUAUAUACAGCACAACGCAAAAGAUGAUAAACUCAUGGAAGGACAAGUGAUUCAGCUGGAGGACGGCUCCGCGGCUUAUGUCCAGCAUGUCCCUAAAAGUGACUCUCUCCGCCUGGAGGAUGGGCAGGCCGUGCAGCUGGAGGACGGGACCACCGCCUACAUCCAUCACUCCAAAGAUUCCUAUGACCAGAGCUCAGUGCAGGCCGUGCAGCUAGAAGAUGGCACGACGGCGUACAUCCACCAUGCCGUCCAGGUCCCGCAGCCGGACACCAUCCUCGCUAUUCAGGCCGACGGCACGGUGGCUGGACUGCACACAGCGGAGGCCACCAUUGACCCGGACACCAUUAGCGCUCUGGAGCAGUAUGCAGCCAAGGUUUCUAUUGAGGGAAGCGACAGUGUGAGCAGCAGCGCGCUGAUCGGCGAGUCCGAGCAGGAGAAGAAAAUGCAGAUUGUUUUACAAGGACACGGGCCCCGCGUGACGGUCAAAGCGCCACAGACCAACGAGAAGGCAUUUCGCUGUGAGUAUGAGGGUUGUGGCAAGCUCUACACGACAGCUCAUCACCUGAAGGUGCACGAGCGAUCGCACACUGGGGACCGGCCGUACCAGUGCGAACAUGGCGGCUGUGGGAAAGCGUUUGCAACAGGCUACGGGUUAAAAAGCCACGUACGGACGCACACAGGAGAGAAGCCCUAUAGGUGCACAGAGGAAAACUGCACCAAGUCCUUCAAGACAUCAGGAGACUUGCAGAAACACAUCCGAACUCACACAGGAGAGAGGCCAUUCAAAUGUCCGUUCGAAGGUUGCGGAAGGUCAUUUACCACAUCAAACAUCCGGAAAGUUCACAUCCGUACACACACAGGGGAGCGGCCAUAUUACUGCUCAGAGUCCGGCUGUGGCAGAGCAUUCGCCAGCGCCACCAAUUACAAGAACCACGUGCGGAUACACACAGGAGAGAAGCCAUACGUGUGUACGGUGCCGGGAUGCGAUAAACGUUUCACGGAAUAUUCCAGCCUAUACAAGCAUCACGUGGUUCACACUCACUCCAAGCCGUACAACUGCAACCACUGCGGCAAAACGUACAAGCAGAUCUCCACGCUCGCCAUGCACAAGAGGACGGCGCAUAAUGACACGGAGCCCAUCGAGGAGGACCAGGAAGGUUUCUAUGUACCGCAGCCACCGGAAGAAGUCCUGAAAGGCUCCCAGAUAACGUAUGUCACUGGAGUGGAUGGAGAAGACGGCUUGCCGGCCGCAGUGACGCAGUCCGGACAGCAGCUGGCUCUUAUAGCCCAGGAUGGCACCCGGCAUGUGGCUAUAGUGGCGCAGGACCUGUCGGCCUUCCAUGCGGCCUCCGUGGAAAUGGGGCAGCAGCAGCACGGUCACCACCUGGUCACCGAGACCCGGCCGGUCACACUGCUGGCCACAUCCAACGGGACACAGAUUGCAGUCACGCUGGGCGAGCAGCAGUCCUUGGAAGAAGCGAUCAGGAUAGCCUCACGGAUACAGCAGGGGGAGUCUCCCGGGAUGGAUGAUUAACACGCCCCGGCCACCAUCUUGGCCGUUCUGUCGGACGGGAUGAGGAGAUGGUGUGUCAGGACUUGUAGGACAUUGAACAGUGUCCGGGGACUGUGCUAAUAGUCCGGCUGCAUUUCAGGGCCGUGUCCCCGGCUCGGCGCCUGCGUUUGCGCUCGUAGCGCUCCGGCCGCCAUGUAUUAUUUGUACAUAGAGAUUGUUAAUGAUGAAAUUAAUACUAUUUUAUCUUUGCAGCAAAUCAUGUGCAAACCCCCUCCCCUCCCCCCACAUUAAAGGGACAGAAGUGGUUUUGUACAUUACUGAAUUAGUCGCCAUAUUGGAUAGAAGUGAAGGAGGCGCCCAGAGCGCAGCACGUGACGGGGGAGGGGAUUCCGAACCUCAUGGCAUUGGUUCUCAGGCUCACGAUUCGCCGGCUGUUGGGAAGUUUGUGGCCAAUUGACACGAGAUCUUUAUCUGCCGAUCCAUCGUCUACGCAGAAGAGUAAAGUCGGCCCGAUCCGAGGCCGACGGCGUAUUGUAGCCCCCGCCUCUUCCCUCUCAGAACACAUGCACACUCGGCCUGUCGUAUGGGGAUUGUAGUCCGAUGUCUGCGCUGCUCAUACACGUGAGACUUAGGGGCAGCCAAAGUGCAUGGGAAGGAAUGAUCGCCACUGCCGUGGUUCUUUCCUAUUACCGGCAGCACAUAAUUCUGCGCCUUCCAUCCUGAUGAAAAUCGGCAGAGGCUCUCCAAACGCUGCCGCUCUGUCCCCAUGUAUCGUCAGCGCGGGCAAAACAGAUCAGGAUGCCUUCCAUUCCAUGACCGGACACAAAACCGCUGCGGCCGGUCUGCGAAACGGAACAAACUGGAUCUGGCACUAAAUUCAAGUCAAUGGUCCUGCGUCCGUUUUUCUGGUUUGUUCAGUUUUGAUUUAAUACACCUGCAUCUGAAUGGAACGGAUGCAUCCCAAUGUAUUAAAUCAAACGGAAUCGUUUUGCUCCGGUUUUCAGAUCCUCUGUCGGAUCUCAGAACCGGAAUACAAAGCGCGGAUGUGAGAGUAGCCUAACAAAGGUGCACUUACUGAUGUAUCGGCUGAUUGGCGCCACAGUUCCACCACUGGCCAGGAAUAAGGGCUCCUACGAACGCUGGUCCACGAUAAUUGGCCUGAAAACCAUUCUGUCUAAGGGCGGGUUCACAUCACGCUUUAUGAUGUAUACGUUACAGAAAAAAGGAUACAAAAACACAGCACACCGCGUCCUUCUAUCCUGCACAGUCCGGUAACAAAAGUAUACUUAUUGGAACUCUAUGGUGAACGGAUGCCACCGUGUGGCAUCAGUCUGAGGCGUCCGUUUAAUGUAUACGUUUUUUGAAUAUGUUAAACAGGAAAAACGUCAUGUGAACCCAGCCUAACAGGGCCUUAAAGCGGCUGUCACCCCAUGCACCAGGCGUAACGCCCGCUGGUUAAGGCGAUAUCUCUUUUCUCUAUAGGUAGUAGCAGUGGGGGGAAAUAUGAACUUGUAUAAUAUGCUAAUGAGCUACUGGAGCACCAGGAGGCGGGCGAAGGUGGUUCGAGCACCGCUACUGACGCCUAUUUCCUUCAAGUUGCAACCUCCACUCCCUCCCUUUAGCGUGAAAGCCGACCCCGCCGCCACUUCCAGGUUCGGUGACAUGAAUGGAGCGUGCACAGUAUGGCUCAUAAGGGUGAAUCUGAAGAUGUGCGCAGGCGUGAGAGCCCAGAGGUCUAGCACUGUCAAUCUAAAGGGAGGGGGGGCGGUGCUCCAACCUCUUAAGCCCGCCUCCUGGUGCUCCAGUAGCUCAUUAGCAUACUUAUAAAAGCUCUGAUUUCUCCACAACACUACUACCUACAGAUAAGAGAGAUGUCCCUAAUCGGCGUCAGUAACCCUGGCGGGCGAUGCACCUGGUGUAUGGGGUGAGCAGAUCUCGUGGCUGUGACCGGAGACUCGCUCAUCUCUAGCUGGGUAUGAAGGGUUAAUGCCAUGUUUCCGUAAUGAAUGCAGCGAUUUCCACGUGGUCCCGGUCCAGUCUGCAGGGGCAUGAGAAUGUAUGAAAUAAAAAAUUAAGCGUUUGCUUGCGCUGCUUGGGAUGAAUUCUUUCUUUUUAUAGAUUUUUCUAUUGUCCACAACAUUUGGUUAUUGUGACGGUCGGGGGACGCUUCCGUUUCUUUGUAAGCACUGGUUUUAUUUGUACUAUGAUAAAAUAAACCUUAUUAUUUUUUUUUUAAA